GUCAGUGAAGGCCGGAAGCCGGUGUUCGGGGGAUGCUUCAACACCAUCGAUCCUCGCUACCUCGACAUGUUCGCUAGCGUCUCAGGCAACAGGGUUACAGUGUACAAGUGCGAGUCUGGCGGCGCAACCAUCGUCGUGCAACUAUUCCUUGAUGAAAAUAAGGAUGAGUCGUUUUACACAGUGGCAUGGAUGAGGGGGCAGCAGGGGCGGCCGCUGUUGGCAGCUAGUGGCAGCAGCGGGGUGAUUCGGAUCAUUGACUGCUGGCGAGAGACAGUUGUCCAUAGUUUCAUUGGGCACGGAGGUGCAGUGAACGAGGUGAGGGUGCAUCCGUCCCACCCUGCGCUGCUGCUCUCAGCCGGAAAGGACGAGUCGCUGCGGCUGUGGAACACGGACACGGGCGUGUGCGUGGCCAUCAUGGGCGGCACGGACGGGCACCGGAAUGAAGUGCUCAGCGCGGUACAGUAA